AUGAUGGCCGGGGCGCGGGGUGGGUGGGCGGGAGCGGGAGGGCGGUUGCUCCGCGGGGGCGGCGACCCUUGCCCGGCGGCGGCGGCAGCGGCGAUCGCCAGCCCCCGGACGCCAAGCAGGAGCAACAGCAGCAGCAACGCCAGCCGCGGCGGCGGCGCCUCCGCCGCUAUCGAAGGGGUGGCGGCCUCGCCUUGGAGGGCGACGAUCUCGCGGCCGUCCUCCCCGCUCAGCCCGUUCCACAUCUUCGCCGGCACGCAGCUCUCGCCGAUCGAAGGCGGCUGCAAGAACCACAACCUCUGUCGCGGAAGCGGCAGCGACGGCGGCAGGAUCGGUGGUAGCGACAGCGACGGCGACAGCGACGGCGGCGGCGGCGGUAGCGGUAGCUGUGGUGGCCGUGGUUGCGGCGAAGGCAACAAGGCCUUGCCGUUGCCGUGCGACAUCGAGGGUGUAGAUGAAGAAGGCAGCGGUGGUAGCGGAGGCGCCAUCGUUGCCCACUUUUCUGGGGGUGCGGACGGGAGCAGUGUUGGUGGCCGCGGGGAGCGGGGGCGAGGAGCGGCGUGUGAACCCGAACCGAUUGGAACAGACGGGAGAGGAGGGGGGACUGGAGAGGUCAACGCUAAUCCCGGGCAGGCUUGGUGGGACGGAUGUCAGGGAUCGGAGUCGCAGAGACUCGAUGAUGAUGACUCCCUAGACCCGGCGUGGUCAUUGGGUCCCUCCAUCCUGCCCGUGCCUAUGCCCAUGCCGAUGAUGUUGCCGAAAGAGGGAAGCGCCGAAGACGGCGCCGGCGGCGCCGGAGGCAUGCAUGGCAAGGGGGCCGUCGGGGUAGCUCAUGUGCAGCGGAAGCGGCAGCUGGUGUCGAUGCACAGCAUCAACCCUGCCGCAACGGCGGCGGCGGUGGCGACAGCAGCGGCGGCAGGCGAUGGGGGUGGAGGGGUUGGCGGCCAGACCCUGAGGAAGAAGACGAAGAAGAAGACGGAGGCCAAGCCGAAGAACGUGGGGAAGAAAAACGUGAAGUGCGCCACGGACGAAAGCAAGCGGAAGGUCGCGCCGCCGGGCAUGAACGGUGGCAACGAUGUCGACGGCAAUCGGCACCAUGAAGUUCCUUCAUCGCUGUCGUCGUCCUCUUUCGCUACCGCCACCGCUACGUCUCCUGCGGAAGCUAAGCUCGCUGUUCCUGGAGACCCAAGCGCUACCCGUGCUGCUAUGGUUGUACCUGCAGUCACACCGGUAUCAUGCGACCGGGAGACGGACGCCGCGCCCGCCGCCGCCGGUCAUGGUGGACGUGACUUCUGUAGCACGGCGAUGAGCGACGUCGUGGGACGCAGCAGCGCCAAGAGGGCCGCUUCAGGCAGUCCGCUAGACGGCGGCGGCAGCGGCACAACGACCAGUCCCGCGCAGCAGAGGGGCGGCAGUGGGAAUGGUCUCGGUCACCCCGAAGCGGCAGCAGCACCAGUAGCAGCAGCAGGAGGAGGAGGAGCAGGAGGAGAGGGAGGAGGGGGAGAAUAUUCGUCGUCUCCGGCCGCGGUGGCGGCGGCGAUGUCCAAUGCGGCCUGUCGGAACGGAGCAAACGCCGGUAGCGGGGCCCCCAUCUCUAUCCCAGUCGCCGCCUCCGCCGCCUUCGCCACCGGUGCCGCCGCCAGAGACGCCGUCCUCGCCGUGGGUACGCCGCCGCCUGCGUCGUCCUCCUCCCCGCAGCUUCGCGGCGGCGGGGGCAGUGCCGCUGCUGCUGCUGCCAACGGUGCCACCGCCACCGCCUCCGUUGCGGAAGCAGCAGCGGUGCGUGGUAUCGGAGCCGCUAUCGGCACCUCUAUCCCGGCCGCCGCCUCGCAAAUGGCCGCCGCCGCCAGCCCGCCACCGACCCCGGCGGCGGCCAAGCACAGGAAGAAGGAUCGACGAGCGGCGCCGCUGUCGCUGAUGCUGUCGUCGUUCUCCCUGUCGCCGAAGCCGCGGUCCACCCGGCGUACUCUGGAGGUCUGCGGCGGAGCCGGGCCCGGCGAGGUCGGGGGCGGGGCCGAGGACCGGGCUUGUUCGGCUGCGGCUGCGGGUGCCGCCGUGCGCCACGAACCCCGGCCGAUGAGAGGCCGCCGCAAGAGGACCCCCAACGACGAAAUCGACUACUCCUACUCCAACGACGACGACGACGAAAUGGGCGGCAUUAGCGUCGGUGGUGACGACAAUCUCGGAGCAGGACCGACUCCGGAGGAGGAGACAGCGGCGGCGACGACGGCGGUGGUGGUCGGCGCGCCCGCUAGAAAGAAGAGGAGGCGAGACGGCGGUAGCGGUAGCGGUAGCGGUAGCGGUAGCGGCCGAUCGAUGUCUUUUACCCUGGAUGAUGACGACUACGACGACCACGGUGAAUCGAGAAAGGGGCCGGCGCGACGAGGAGGGCGGAGGAGCCGGACGCGGCCGAGGCCCGACGGGAAAGCCGGGGAGAUGGUGGUCGGGAGCCCGGUCGCCGGGAGCGGUGGUGACGGUGGAGGUGGCGGCGAUGGCGGAAGCGGAGCGGCGGCGGCGGCGGCGACGGUGGCGAGCUGCCUGGCGGCAAAGCGCCAGAAGCAGGCGGCGGGAAAGCGGCUGAACAUGACGGCGGCGGGAGUCAAGGUUGACGACACUCGCUCUCCCCCUCCAAGCGCGGCAGCCGCAGCGGAGCAGCACAACCCGUGCACGUGCAAGAAGUGCCGGUGA